AGCCGGGCGCGUCCCGGGAGCGCCGCCGCCGCCCCCAGGAGUCCGCUGGAGCGCGGAGCCCCCUGCAGGGGAGGAGGCGAGCGGCCGGCGGGACGCGGCGGCGGGCGAGCACCAUGCAGCCCCGGCGGGGCCAGCGCCAGCUGCUCGCGGUGCGGUGAGGCGGCGGGAUCCCCAGACUGCCGCACGCCGCCUUCCUCUCGCCCAGGUGCCGCCGGGCGCGCUCGCCCUUCGCCCGGCUCCCGGACCCCGGUAGAACGCACGGUCGGCUCCUGCUCUGCCCCGCUCGGAUCAUGCGGGGGGCCCCGGAGGAGGAGAGGGCGAGUGACCGGCCUGCGGCGACCGCGUUCAGGGUGCGACCCCCUCUCUGAGAAGCCCCCACCUGCUGCCAUGUGCCUCGCCCCGGGUACCCAGCCUAUCGCCAAACUUUCCGGGUGCCAGCCCGUCUCUGAGUCGCAUUUCUGAGCGAGUGCCCCAGGAACACAGGACCCAGGCUGGCUGCCGACUAUCGGCUUCUCAGGAUCCGCGAAGCUUCUUUUUAAAAGAGUACUUCCCCUGGAAUCGGAGCCCUAACCGUCCCUCCCCAGCCCUAUCUGGCGAAGAGCUGAGCGCUGCCUGCGGAGGCAGCGCCUUCCCGAAACAGUUUAUCUUUGGACGGAUUUAAGAGAAAAAGAAACCAACAGGUUGCCAGCCCGGGCGCCACACACGAGUCGGCGGAAAGGCCAGCCCGGUUUCCCCCGGCUGCGUGGGCCCCGCGCGGGCUGCGGCGGGCGCGGCGAGGGGAGGGAGGGGGCUAUGGCUCGGCCCGACCCAUCCGCACCGCCCUCGCUGCUGCUGCUGCUCCUGGCGCAGCUGGCGGGCCGGGCGGCGGCUGCCUCCAAGGCCCCAGUGUGCCAGGAAAUCACAGUGCCCAUGUGCCGCGGCAUCGGCUACAACCUGACGCACAUGCCCAACCAGUUCAACCACGACACGCAGGACGAGGCGGGCCUGGAGGUGCACCAGUUCUGGCCGCUGGUGGAGAUCCACUGCUCGCCGGACCUGCGCUUCUUCCUGUGCUCCAUGUACACGCCCAUCUGCCUGCCCGACUACCACAAGCCGCUGCCGCCCUGCCGCUCGGUGUGCGAGCGCGCCAAGGCCGGCUGCUCGCCGCUCAUGCGCCAGUACGGCUUCGCCUGGCCGGAGCGCAUGAGCUGCGACCGCCUCCCGGUGCUGGGCCGCGACGCCGAGGUCCUGUGCAUGGAUUACAACCGCAGCGAGGCCACCACGGCGCCCCCGAGGCCCUUCCCGGCCAAACCCACCCUCCCCGGCCCAGCGGGGGCCCCGGCGUCAGGGGGCGAGUGCGCCGCCGGGGGCCCGUCGGUGUGCAAGUGCCGCGAGCCCUUCGUGCCCAUCCUGAAGGAGUCUCACCCGCUCUACAACAAGGUGCGCACGGGCCAGGUGCCGAACUGCGCGGUGCCCUGCUACCAGCCCUCCUUCAGCCCCGACGAGCGCACGUUCGCCACCUUCUGGAUUGGGCUGUGGUCUGUGCUGUGCUUCAUCUCCACCUCCACCACGGUGGCCACCUUCCUAAUCGACAUGGAGCGCUUCCGCUACCCUGAGCGCCCCAUCAUCUUCCUGUCCGCCUGCUAUCUGUGCGUGUCGCUGGGCUUCCUGGUGCGUCUGGUGGUGGGCCACGCCAGCGUCGCCUGCAGCCGCGAGCACAGCCACAUUCACUACGAGACGACGGGCCCUGCGCUGUGCACUGUCGUCUUCCUCCUGGUCUACUUCUUCGGCAUGGCCAGCUCCAUCUGGUGGGUCAUCCUGUCGCUCACCUGGUUUUUGGCAGCUGGCAUGAAGUGGGGCAACGAGGCCAUCGCGGGCUACGCACAGUACUUCCACCUGGCCGCGUGGCUCAUCCCGAGCGUCAAGUCCAUCACGGCGCUGGCACUGAGCUCCGUGGACGGGGACCCGGUGGCCGGCAUCUGCUACGUGGGCAACCAGAACCUGAACUCGCUGCGCGGCUUCGUGCUGGGCCCGCUGGUGCUCUACCUGCUGGUGGGCACCCUCUUCCUCCUGGCGGGGUUCGUGUCGCUCUUCCGCAUCCGCAGCGUCAUCAAGCAGGGCGGCACCAAGACGGACAAGCUGGAGAAGCUCAUGAUCCGCAUCGGUAUCUUCACUCUCCUGUACACCGUGCCCGCCGGCAUCGUGGUGGCCUGCUACCUGUACGAGCAGCACUAUCGCGAGAGCUGGGAGGCCGCGCUCACCUGCGCGUGCCCGGGCCCCGACGCCGGCCAGCCGCGCGCCAAGCCCGAGUACUGGGUGCUCAUGCUCAAGUACUUCAUGUGCCUCGUGGUGGGCAUCACGUCGGGCGUCUGGAUUUGGUCCGGCAAGACUGUGGAGUCGUGGCGGCGCUUCACCAGCCGGUGCUGCUGCCGCCCGCGGCGAGGCCACAAGAGCGGCGGCGCCACGGCCUCCGCGGACUACGAGGCGAGCGCCGCGCUCACGGGCAGGACCGGGCCGCCGGGCCCCCCCGCCGCCGCCGCCGCCGCCGCCUACCACAAGCAGGUGUCCCUGUCGCACGUGUAGGACGCCGAGGCCCAGCGGGGCCGGGAGUGGAGUGAGGGGGGUGGUUUUGUUUGGUAGUUUUGCCAAGUUCACUUCCGUUUACCUUCAUGGUGCUGAUGCCCCCUCCUGGGGCAACUUGGAGAGAGGGGAAAGGGGCCCUUUCAAGGCAGUACCGGUCCCAGGACUUCUCGAAGGGGCUCAGCCCACGUGUAUUCUAUUUUGUGUUUCUUACUACCUUUUUUUUUUUUUUUUAGGGGAACCCCGUUUUUUAAUUUAUAUGUAGUUUUCUUAGUUUUUAAUUUUGUUGCAUUUUGGCAACAAAAUUUACCUUUGCUUUGGGGGCUUUACAAUCCUAAGGUUGGCAUUAUAAUGAAGUUCGGCUUGGUUCAGGUUCCUUUGAACUGUGUGGUCUAAAUUGGGAAAAUCUCUUUCCUAUACUUGUGUCUUUGAAACAAAUGUGAACAGUGAAAGUUUAGGUUGCUAUGACUGGGAGGUUUGUCGGGUGUGAUUUUUCAGCUUGUUUUCUUUCACUGCUUAAAGUGUCCGAGAUGCUUUAAGGUUGAGCUGCUUGUCCCUAAGUUAGGGGAAACCCCAAUUCAUGCCAAGGAGGGGGAGCAUCAUGGGGCUAGGGCCUCCCCAAAGUGACAAGGUUACAGAGGAGAGCAUUUAACCAUUCUGCGUGUGCCAUCCUAGCUUUGUUUAUUUAUCCAGCUUCGGUUUCUUUUAGUAGUACUUGCAAUCAUUCUUAUUCCUAACGGCACCCGGCAUUGUCUUGAAAAAGUUAGAGGUAGCAUUAUAGAGUGCCGGUAUAAAUAUUUGGAAAAGUGAAAACCUCAAGGGUGGUGAUUGGUUGAGCUUGAAUUCUAGACUGGUAAAAUGGCAGCUUUGUGCCAGAGAAGGGGUGGGUGGUUAAUAGGCUUCAAUGAUUCCUCCCCCCCCCCCGCCUUUUUUUUUUUUUUUUAAAGAACUCGUGUUCUGAUUUUGAUAAAGGUAAAUCCCACUCCCUUCUUUUGGAAGUACUUAGAGAUUAGUUGUUAAAGGGGCUGCUUUUUAGAUGUAAGGACUAAAAUGGAUAUACCUCCAGUAAUUAAGUAAAUUUCUAACACUUCUCUUAUCUGCUCCACCCCCAUCCCACCUCCUUUAUCAUGUUAAACAGUCUUUUUGCUUUUCUUAUGCCUCCUCUCCUGGAGAGCUGUGAUUAAGAAGCCACACCCACCCUUGAAUGCGGUGCUUGAACUGGGGGCAGGGAGGCUGGCUACCUGUGAACAAACAUUGGCAGCAAUGAGGGAAAAUAAGUGUCCCUGGACUUUGGACUAGUUUAUUAGCCAGAUAUUCCAAAAGCAGCCAAACAUUGCUCUCUGCAGUCUCUCAAAACAAAUGACACCCAUAAUACACAUAUAGAAGGUUUUAAAAUCUGGCUCAGGGUACUGCUGCUGCAAGAGGAAAGCUGUCCUCUCUCCCCCACCUCGGUAUGUCUUUUCUCUUUGAGAACGCCAAUAUAUUGCUGAAGCACACGCUUGCAUGCGCCCACAUGCACAUGCGCCUGCACUUUGCUAUUAGAGAAUUCUGUUUGCUUUCGGAAAUGCUUAACCAUUCAUUAAUAUAUGAAAGCCUAUAUGUGAACACACACACACAGGUUUCUCUACUAUUUAAGAAUUCUGUUUGCCUUUCUAAUCUGUUUAGGGGUUCCUUCAUGAAGAGUGUGAGGCCAUGACUUGGAGACGGAGGUGAUAGUGCAUUGGCCAGCAAAAUACCAAUGACCAGGGUUGAGUGGGGACUGAAUUUAGGAGGCUAAAGUAUCAAAAACAAUUAAAAAUUUAGACUGACUCCCUAGGAAAAUGA